AGGUCGCAUUACAUAAAAAAAAAUCGGAAUUGGGUCACUUCAGGCUGUAGUGUGAACAGCUAGUUCUGAAAGUAGCCAGAGUAACAUUAUCUAAGAAAGAUUUUAGGCAAAUAAUGUAAUGAACAUGUUUUGUACAGACCUAUAUUAAUCUGUUCAAGGCAGCAUAGGUCACUUUUAAUUGAUCCAGGAUGGCCUAUUAUUUGUUUAUUUAGUUAUUUCAACCAGCUUGCUUUUCUAGAAGUUCACUGUGCUCUUAUUGGCCAACGAAGUUUCCAAAUUUUAAGAAGUUGUGCCCUAAUGUUAUGUAAUCCGAGAACUUCAGAACAGGUUGCCUAAUAAGUCAUGUUUUCUUGCAGGUUUUAUAAGCGGGAAGGUUUUUUAAAUGCACAUAAAAGCCACAGAUUUUCCAAAACGCUUGAGCAGCUUCAUUGGAAUAAGUUUGGAGUUUCACAGACUCUUACUGCAAUCACUGAAACGGAAACGGCCUGUCCAAAGCUUCAGCCUUAAACUACUGCUUUCAUUUUCACACGCACGAUCAUGUCUGACACCACGUUUUCGGAUUUUCUGCAGGAGGUUCUACAAGGUCUCAAAACCUUAAUUGCAAAACCCCAUGUGAGAUGCAUGAACCUGGACUGUUUACCACACCAGCGGAUGAAACAUUUCUCAAAAAUUCCACGCCAUCUGCUGGAUAUUUUGUGUUUACGUCAGCAAUGAACUUGUCCGACCGGAAUGUGCAGUAAAACAGACAUCACAUGCAAAGCAGGGCAUUCCUCACUUCCCCUUUCUGACUGUAUCCGCCUCUACUUCUACAUAUAUAAGUAUGUAGUUACUAUUAUCACAAACUGAACCCUCUGGCAGGUUUGUAAGAAUCUUUUUUGCUGAAUUGUUCAGAGGUAAGAUGCCCAGCCGAAGAUUUUUUAUCUGCUUCUUCCUGUUUUUCAUUUGCCUCAUCUGUUGCCAUGAAGCCAUGCCUGCUAAUCUCAAACAGGAGAGGCUGAAUGAUAGACCAGUGAUUGGUGUUUUGACUCAGAUGGUCUCAGAUGAUGUCAUGAAACCUUUUGGAGCGACAUACAUACCCGACUCUUACGUCAACUACAUCGCGUCGGGGGGAAGCAGGGUGGUGCCGAUCAGAUUGACUCUUUCUACUGCAGAGUAUGAAAGCAUCUUCAAGAAGAUAAAUGGCCUGUUUUUCAUCGGUGGAGCCGUGGAUUUGAAGACCUCAGACUUUGCCAGGGUGGCGAAGAUUUUUUAUAAACUCGCUCUGACGGCCAACGAUGCAGGGGAUUUCUUCCCCAUCUGGGGAACCUGUCUGGGCAUGCAGCUGCUCACUGUGCUGGUGGCCGAAGAGAAUCUGCUCUCAGCAACUCCGGCUAGAAAUGUGGCUUUGCCCCUCAACUUAACCACAGAGGCCCACUCCAGCAGGAUGUUCCAAGGUUUUUCUAAAGAGCUAAUAAAAGCUUUGACAGAAGAACCUCUGACUGGCAAUUUUCACAAAUAUGGCCUGACAGUACAGACUUUCCAGGAAAACGAGAAGCUGAGCGGUUUCUUCUCCCUGCUGUCGACAAACGUCGCCGAAAAUGGAGCUCAGUUUGUCUCCACCAUUGAAGGUAAAAGGUAUCCGUUCUACGGAGUGCAGUGGCAUCCCGAGGUGAACCGCUUUCAGUGGAACAGAAAUCUUAGCUUCCCUCACUCCAGUCAUGCCAUUCAGGUGUCGUCGCAGCUAGCUGAGUUUUUUAUCAAUGAAGGACGGAAGAGUUUCCAUCAUUUUGACUCUCCUGAGGAGGAAGACGCUUCAUUGAUCUACAAGUUCACUCCUGUCUACACUUCAAACUUUACUGCCUAUGAGCAGGUCUAUUUCUUCUAGGUUUUGGAGGAUGCCAAAGCCUGCUAGACGCCUGCAUUUCUUUUUGAAAUGUGAAGAUGUGGCUUGAAUUUGAGUGCAACAUUAAAUAAUUUUACUUAGAAAAAUAUUAUUUAAAGCCAUGAUAAGGUUAAAAUAAAUGUGAUUGAUACUGUGGAUUUAUGAAGACGGGUAUUUCAAAAAGAGAGCGCUUUUUACCCACUCCAGUAAAGUUGAGGCUAUAUAUUGCUGCAUAUUUUCUUUUAUUUUAGAGUUUUUCACCUUCUUGAUAACUUUGUAUGAAUUGUAUCUUCAAAUAAAGUAAAAAUGAUUGAAUGCUAAUGUCAUUAUUGAUAUUAAAAGUUAUUUUUCUUUCUGAA